AUGAUUGUGCUACCCAACCAGCCUCUCCCUCCUCCCGGCAAAGUGGAUAUCUCACUUCUCCUCAAACCCCAGGAUGAGGAAGAAGCCACCCGCGCACCUAUCACCACUGCCGCCUACUACAAACCACCACCGCUGACAGCACAACUGCCGCUUCCUGCGGCUGCGGGGCCCUCGCUUGCAGCGGCGGCCCCGGUAGCUGGACUACCAGCAGGGCCGCCGGUAGUCACUGCGGGUCCGAGUCUCUCGGUCAAGGCUGGCACAAAACGACUGCAGCCCGCUCAUACGGCCGAGUCGCCCGCAAAGAAACAGUCAAAGUGGUCUCCGGAAGAAGAUGCGUUGAUCAUCGAGCUGCGGGGCAGCGGAAUGAAGUGGGAGGACAUCAGCAAGCGGUUGCCCGGUCGAAGUGCCAUCAGCUGUCGCCUGCACUAUCAAAACUAUCUGGAGCGUCGAAGUGAGUGGGACGAAGACAAGAAAAACAAGCUCGCACGGUUGUACGAAAGAUUCAAGGCGGAAAUGUGGUCGAAGGUGGCCGAGGAAAUGGCCAUUCCAUGGCGGGCAGCAGAGGCCAUGCACUGGCAGCUCGGAGAACAGGAGAUGGCCCGUCGAGCGGGCGUGGUACCUUUUUCUUUAUCCAGUGCGGCGAUCGAUCCCCCGGCAACCCGCACACGCAGAACGUCUUUGUCACGGCCCCGAAAAGAUUCAGCAUCGCGGCAUCUUCCAUCCCAGCUGCCCUCAGUGGAGGAGCUCACAGCUGGGGUACCAGCAUAUGCUCCAGCUCCGCCACCCAGAGAGCCCUAUCAAAUUGGGCGGCCGCCGCCGCUUAUAAAUGGGCCUCCGCCGGGGAGUUUCGGCCCUGUAAUGUGCUUCCCACCUCCGCCACCGCCGCCACGAACUCUUCCCUGA